AUCAUAAUUUGCAUACUGGAUAUAAUCUUAAUGUGUGGCUAUCAAAAGAGAACAUAUUCAACAUCUUAUAAAUAGGGAGAGACAGGUCGAGCAGUCAUCAGUCGCAUCUCUGAGCUUCCAGAAGAAGGAAAAUACGAGGACAAUCGGAGCUAUAUAGUUUCUAACUACAUUCACAUAGCUUUAGAAGUUUGAGCUUUCAAAUAUGGACCGGGCAAAUGUACUGGCAGCACUUGGAUUAGUGCUUCUCUUUGCGGUGACGUCAAAUGGUGCUCCAUAUUCUAACAAAUGCACGAGAGGAGUAAGCGGUACGGUGUGUGGCGAUAACGGUGUUACCUAUGACGACGCGUGCGAUGUCGACGACGAUGACGACGACACGAACGGAAAUGGAGGAGUACAGGUUGCCCACUCCGGUCCAUGUAAUGGAGGAGGAGGGGGAGGUCACGCUCCGGCAGCGGCUCCUCGUGCCCCUGCACCCCAUGCUCCAGUUGUACCACAUGCUCCAGCACCUCAGGCUCCAGUUGCACCACAAGCUCCAGCGCCCCAUGCUCCUGCACAUGCUCCAGGGGGCGGUGUUAAUGGUGACACAAGUGGAGAAACUGGUUACGGACAUGCACCUUCUGUCGGCUACGCACCCGCCCCUGCAGCACCUGCUGCUCCAGCUGUUGGAUAUGCUCCAGCCGCUCCUGCUGUUGGCUACGCUCCCGCUGCACCAGCUGUUGGUUAUGCUCCUGCAGUUGGUUAUGCUCCCGCUGUAGGUUACGCUCCAGCUGGUACGGAUGUAUAUUAUGCUCCUGCUUCUGGUGAUUCUGGCUAUGAUUAUGCGUACGAAGAUGACAGCGACAGCAGCGAAGAAGGAUACGGCUAUGAGUAUUAUGGUUACGAAGCCAUCCCCGUUGGCCCUGUUGGAUUUGCCCCAGCUCCAGCAGCCCCAGCUUUCGCUCCAGCUGGGCCUGCAUAUGCUCCAGCUGGACCAGCAUACGCCCCAGUAGGAGGUGGAUUCGGAGGAUGUGAUGGGGGAGAUGGAAGUGGAGAAGGAUGUGGCGGCGGAUAUGGUACAGGUGCCGGAGGUCCCGCUGGUUUUGCCCCAGCUCCAGGUGCCCCAUCCUUUGCCCCAUCUGGUCCAGGAUAUGCACCAGCUGGACCAGCAUACGCACCGGCUGGACCAUCAUACGCACCGGCUGGACCAUCAUACGCACCAGCUGGACCCGCAUACGCCCCAGUCGGUGAGGGUGGCUCUGUUGGAUGUGGCGAUUCUGGAAGUGGAGAAGGGUGUGAAGGCGAUGAAUCAGAUGGUGACGAUAGCGGAAGUGAUGAAGGAAAUGACUCUGGUGCCUCAGGUGUAGCCGCCGCUCCUGGAGGUGCUGCUGCCCCUGUCCCUGCCCCAGGGCUCCCGCGUGCACCUCCUGCCCGUGCACCACCAGCACGUGCACCACUUCCGGCACCAGCUGCUCCAAGUGCCCCAUUGAGGCCCCAGGCACCAGCUCCACAUGCUCCAUCUGGACCCAGUGGUAAAGACGAUUCUUCAGAGAAACACUCUCCAUCAGCUCCAGCAGCCCCAAGUGCUCCGGUACCGUCAGCACCAAGGGCACCAGCCGCUCCCGCUCCACCAGCUGCACCUGCAGCACCUGCUGCUCCAGCUGCCCCAGCACCUAAAGCUCCAUCUGGAGGUUGUGCAGCUGGUGAUGCUGGAUGCAAUGGCGGUAGUGGUGGUGAUAACGGAGGAAAUGACUGUAAUGACUCUGGCUGUAAGGAUGAUGAUGACGAUAACAACGUUGCAGCUCUCCACGAGGUGGUAAUUGGGUCCCCUUAAAUCAAGUGAUCUUGGAACCCAUUUCAUUUUACCUGUGGUAGCCUACCGCUGAUACAGUCGGACCCGUUUUGAAACUCCAUCCUCAUGGUCGGAAUGGGACACCGUAAAUUCUUCAUUUGUGACGACGCGUGUUGAGUUAAUGAAACUCGGGUUUCCAAACUUUAUUUGGAAUGACUAUGGUAAUUUAAGUAGAUAUAGUAAUGUCGUAUUUAUUACUUAUUUAAUAAUUUAUUCACAAAAGUUAUUACAUAAUCAUAUUUAUCUUUGAAACUCAAAUGACUGUGAGGUCUCAGUUCGAUAUGUCAUGCUUAAUCAUGACAUAUUUAUAUCGGAGUGAUAAAAAGAUAACUUGUACGUGAUCUGAAAUUAUCUUUGAUUUAUCUUAAAACUGGUCAAUAAAGCAAUGAAAAGACCUAUGUGUUCAUUUUUUAUUAAUUGUUGUUGUGUCUAUGUUGAUAUUAUUG